GUUGGGGCGUGGCUUCGCCCCUAGCAGGGAGACGUGAAAGAAAAAGCUCUCGGAUGUUGAGUGCUACAAGCGGCCAUAGUCGGUUAGCUGAGGUGGUUUUUAUAGAAAAUGCUCACCACCUACUGAGCCUCGGUAGAUGAAGAGAGAACCUGAAUUCGGAGUUAAACUACUGCAUUAUAUCGAGAUCUAGAGACACGGUGCUGUAGGCGCCAUUUUGGCACAGACACGACACAGAAGUAAGGCGAAGAAUCCAUCUACACCCGCAGCAGGCGUCGCGAGGUUUUAACGAAAUUGCCGGACACAUAACUGAUAUUGCGCACACUAUGAAACACAGUAGCCGUAGCCGAUAUUCAACCUGGGAUGAACAGAGGGAGUACUUGGAUCAUAAAAAAUACAGCAGAACCUGCAAACGAAGAAGAAUCCAUAGUAGUGAGCAUGGAAACGACUACAAAUGCAGCUUCAAUAAGUUUAAAUCAACAGAUGAUCACUACCUUGAAGACAGACCUAAAAGCAGUCGAGACCACCAUCACGACAGACGUUAUGUGGAAAUUAGACUUAACUACAAAGACUACAAUCGUGAUAGCAGACGUUUGCACAGAGACCAUGAAAGUCACCGCACUCAUUGCAGCAAGUCAUCAGCGCAAAGCAGAAGAAGCAGUCAAAUAAAUAAAUACAGGAAACAUCACAACCCAAGUCAUGAUGCGUGUACGAAGACCCACCGAAGGAAAAGAUCCAGGAGUGUAGAGGAUGAUGAGGAGGGUCACCUGAUCUGUGAAAGUGGAGACGUACUAAGAGGAAGAUAUGAAAUUGUUCAGACAUUAGGAGAAGGGGCUUUUGGAAAAGUAGUAGAAUGUAUUGAUCACAUGGGGGGUAAUGUGCGAGUAGCAGUCAAAAUAAUAAAAAAUGUUGAUCGAUAUCGCGAAGCUGCACAAUCUGAGGUUUUAGUUCUGGAGCAUUUGAACAGACAGGAUCCAAAAAAUGCAUUUCGUUGUGUCCAGAUGCUUGAAUCGUUUGAUUACCAUGGUCAUGUUUGUAUAGUAUUUGAACUUCUUGGGUUAAGUACAUAUGACUUUAUCAAAGAAAAUGGCUUUUUACCUUUUCCUAUGGAUCAUAUAAGGAAUAUGGCAUAUCAGAUCUGCAGAUCCGUAAAUUUUUUACAUCAGAACAAACUUACACAUACAGAUCUGAAACCAGAAAACAUCUUGUUUGUACAGUCAGAUUACAUAGUUUCCUAUAACUUAAAAAAUAAAAGAGAUGAACGUUGUUUAAAAAACUGUGACAUAAAGAUUGUUGAUUUUGGGAGCGCUACUUACGAUGAUGAACAUCAUAGUGCUUUGGUUUCCACAAGACAUUACAGAGCUCCUGAAGUAAUAUUAGAAUUAGGCUGGUCACAGCCUUGUGAUGUUUGGAGCAUAGGUUGUAUAUUGAUUGAGUAUUACCUUGGACUUACUGUAUUUCAGACCCAUGACAGCAAGGAGCAUCUGGCAAUGAUGGAAAGAAUUUUGGGUCCUUUACCACUUCACAUGAUCAAAGAAACUCGAAAACGCAAGUAUUUUUGUCGUGACCGAUUAGAUUGGGAUGAACAUAGUUCUGCUGGCCGCUACGUUAGGAGGAGAUGCAAGCCUUUAAAGGAAUUAAUGCUUUCAAACCACCGGGAUCACCAGGAACUGUUUGAUCUUAUCCAAAAAAUGCUGGAGUAUGAUCCAACCAAAAGAAUAACCCUAGAAGCAGCAUUGAAGCAUACCUUUUUUAAUAGAGUAAAGCGAGAAUAGCCUUGGAAUAUCUAUGUGAUUAAAUACAAAAUUCAAACAUGUAAGCCAUAUUUGUAAAGUUUUCCUCUCUAUUUUUGUAUGUCUGCUACAAAAGUAUUCUUACACUGUGUGUACAUUUGUUUAAUGUAUAGUUCUUACAAUUGCAAAUUCUUAUUACAAUAAAGCAUUUGUUAUUUUCUGCUUA